GGAAGUUGUUUGUGCCAAAAAGCAGGAAGCGCACAUUUUCAGGGACGGACAAUUGGAAUGCUUUUUAAACUGGAUUUCUUUGGAAUGUCUCACUCAACGUCACUGGUCUCAGUCUAGCAGGAAAUAUUCUGUCAUGUCCCAUUAUUUCUCCGCGAAGCACAAUAUCUUUUGAUGCAGACUGCCCUGUUGCGCUAAGUAACAGUCAAUCAACUGCAGUGUUCUUCAGAAGAGCGGCGCAGCUUAUGUGGAGAUGGAGGAACGUGCUCGCAGCUGUCUGCUGCGCUCCAAAGCCACUCUGGAGCAGGACAUCAAAGCCUCCUACCUGAUGGACCACAUGGUCAGCGAUGGCGUCUUAACGAAUGAUGAAGAAGCGACGGUGCUUAAUAAGGUCACUAGAAGAGAGCAGGCCGCAGCCCUGCUCGAGGUGCUGUUGAGGAAAGACAACAGGGCAUACAUCUCCUUAUACAAUGCACUGAUCAGAGAGAGUUACGGAGAUCUAGCCAACCUCCUUCACAGUGACCUGCCUCUGCUCAGCCCCGAGGGAGAGAGGAGCUUUGCUGAUGGAGUGUCUCCCUCUGUCCAGGCGAUUCUGAGUGACGGUGGGGUGCCUCAGAGACCCGUGGUGUUUGUGAGCCGUCCCGCUCUGCUGAACCUGAUCCGGCAGAAGCUGUACCAGCUGCAGAAGACAUCAGGCUGGGUUACAGUUUUUGGCAUGGCGGGCUCAGGGAAGUCUGUGAUGGCUGCUGAGGCUGUUCGAGACCAUGCCCUCAUUAAGGAGUGUUUUCCAGAUGGUAUUCACUGGCUUUCUGUUGGCCAAUGUGAGCGGGCAGACCUGCUAGUAAGGAUGCAGUCUCUAUGUUUCCGAUUGGAGCAGGGUCAAAGUUCAGAAGCCAGUCAUCGGCCACCCUGCUCUGUGGAGGAGGCCAAAGAGCGCCUGCGGUUCCUAAUACUCCGCAGAUUCCCCAGGUCCCUGCUGAUUCUGGACGAUGUCUGGGACAGCUCUGUUCUCAGGGCCUUUGAUAUUCAGUGCCGAGUUCUUCUGACCACGCGCAACCGAGGUCUGACUGACUCCGUAAGCGGUACAAGGUCUGAAGUGCCUGUUGAAAACGGUCUAGAUGAGGAUAAAGCCCUGGAAAUUCUUUCUUUGUAUGUCAAUGGGAAACCACAGAAACUUCCAGAACAGGCCCGCAGCAUUGUGAGCGAAUGUAAAGGUUCUCCUUUGGUGGUUUCUCUGAUUGGAGCUCUGUUGAGGGAGUUCCCUGACCGCUGGAGCUAUUAUCUUCGGCUGCUGCAGAGAAAGCAAUUCAAGCGGAUCCGCAAGUCAUCGUCCUACGACUAUGAAGCCCUGGACCAGGCCAUGGAUGCCAGCCUGCAGGUUCUGGAGCCUGAACACCAAAAUCUAUACAGAGACCUGAGCAUCAUGCAGAAAGACAUCAAAGUGCCUGCUAAGGUUCUGUCAGUGCUGUGGGGUCUUGAGUUGGAGGAGGUGGAGGAUGUCCUACAGGAAUUUGUGAAUAAAUCACUGCUGUUUCGGGACUGCAACCAGCGGCCGUAUCUCUAUUACCUUCACGAUCUUCAGCUGGACUUUCUCACAGAACAGAAUCGUGAUCAAAUUGCUGAACUACAUAAAAAGAUGGUCCGUCAGUACCAGCAGUUCUAUAAUGAAAGCUCACCCAGUUCUGGAGAUAAAGAAUGUUCGUAUUGGUACCACUUCCUCCCGUACCACAUGGCUAAAGCGGGACUGUCAAAGGAGCUUUAUUCACUGAUGUUUUCCUUGGACUGGGUCAAAGAAAAAGCUCAGGUUAUGGGAUCCGCCCAUCUCAUCAACGACUAUGUAGAAUAUGGUGAAAUACUAGACAAAGAGAAUAGUGAGGUGAGACUGCAGUUUCAGGAGUUCCUCUCUCUGAACGGACAUCAGCUGGAGCAGAGGCCGUUUCCUGACGUAGUGCAGUUGGCUCUGUCUCAGCCCGCUUGCUCCGAGGUUUACAGGCAGGCCUUGAUGCAAGCGCAGAGAAGGGCCAGCAGAGGGCAGCUCUAUCUGGACUGGGUGAACAAAAAUAAUAAGGACAGUUUGUCCCGGCUGGUCAUGCAUCCUCACCAGAGGUCCGUCUACUAUGCUUGCUUCUCCAAAGAUGGGAGUAAGAUUGCCUCUUGUGGGGCCAGCAAGAUGUUGCGGGUGUUUAAAACGACCUCUGGAGAGAAACUUCUGGAGCUUCAGGCUCAUGACGAAGAUGUUCUGUGCUGUGCCUUCUCCCCCGAUGACCGUCAAAUAGCAACCUGCUCCAGUGACAGGAAGGUUAAGUUGUGGAAUGUUGAGCGAGGCAUUCUUAUCAAAGUGUUUGGGGAGGAACACGAGGAACAGAUAAACCACUGCCAGUUCACCAACACAGGCCGACGUGUCCUACUGGCCACCUGCUCAAACGACAAAUUCGCCAACACCAAGCUAUGGAACCCCAACAAGCAGACCUCUCAAAACACUAUGUUUGGACACAUGGAACCAGUCAAUCACUGCUGCUUCUCCCCUAAUGACGCUUACCUCGCCACUUCAUCCAGUGACGGCACCUUAAAGCUGUUUGAGGUGUCGUCUGCGAACGAGUGGAAAUCAAUCGAUGUCAACAGUUUUUUCCGAGAGAGUGACGAUGAAGUAAAAGCCAUUGUGAAAUGCAGCACUUGGUCAGCUGACGGCUCGAAGAUCAUUUGUGCUGCCAGGAACGCUGUGUUUGUGUUUGACGUAGAGACAUCAGGCAUACUGCUGGAGAUGAAGACGAGUCGUCUGAGCACAAUUCAGUAUUGCCACGCAUGUCCCAACAGCAGCCUGCUGGCCGUCGCUCUCUCUCAUUACACUGUAGAGCUGUGGAACUUUGAGACCAGUAAAAAGAAAGCCGAGUGCAACGGUCACCUGAGCUGGGUUCAUUGUGUCCAGUUUUCACCCGACGGCUCAUUGCUACUGUCCUCUUCUGAUGAUCAGACCAUCAGACUGUGGGAGACGGACCGAGUUCACACCACCUCUGCUGUGGCUCUGAAGCGGGACACUGAUGUUCUCUUCUCCCAGAGCGACGUUACAAUAGUGGCAGCUGACAGCAGAAACCGAUUACAGGUACAGACUGCAUCCACAGGCGCUAUUCUGUUCGAGAGCGAAGAGUUGCCGUCCAGGAUUCGCUGUACUUGUAUCAGCAGAAAUGCUGUGUUUGUGUCACUGGGAACUGAGGAUGGAUCUGUACAGACAGGAAGAGUGAAUGUUAGACAGUUUCUGAAGAACGUUGGAUGGAGAACCUUGCAGCUGCUGAACUUACAGCGUGAUUUUGUGCUGGGACUAGGGCUAGAGACAGGUACAGUGCAGGUGUUUGAGGUUCCAUCUGGAAAAACGGUGAAGCUCUCAGGUCACACUAGGACUGUUCACCACUGUCAGUUCACUGACGACAGUGAAACCCUCAUCACAUCCUCAGAAGACGCUACUGUCCGGGUGUGGAAGUGGAGGACAGGUGAGUGUCUGCUGCUGGAGGGUCAUAAGGAGCCAGUCAGGAAGUUCCACCUUUUAAACUCCUCUUCCUCUCCUCAUCUAUUCUCCUGGUCGUUUGAUGGCACUGUUAAGGUCUGGGAUUUGAACAGAGGGCAGAUGCAGCAAGACCUUGAGUGUCAUAAGGGUGCUGUCCUGUCAUGUGACGUGUCUUCUGACGGAUGGCUCUUUGCCACAACCUCGGCUGACAGGACUGCUAAGGUGUGGAGCAGCGCCUCAUGGGAGAUGACGUUUUUGCUGAAGGGACACAAGGACUGUGUCCGUAGCUGCAGAUUUUCUUGGGACAACAAGCGACUUGCAACGGGCGAUGACAAUGGAGAAAUAAGGCUGUGGAGCAUGCUGGAUGGAGCUCUCCUGAAGAUCUGUUCCCGGGACACUAAGGACUCCAUGGACUCUUUCCACGGUGGAUGGGUGACCGACCUGCACUUCUCCCCUGAUGACGCAGUACUCGUCUCUACUGGCGGAUAUGUCAAGUGGUGGAGCGUGGAGACGGGAGAGUCCCUGCAGACGUUUUACACGAUGGGAGCCAAUCUGAAGAAGAUUCACGUGUCGCCCGAUUUCAGCACCUUUUUGACUGUGGACAGCAUUGGAAUCCUUUACAUUUUAAAGAAGGUGGAGGGAGGAGGAUUGUAGAAGUGCCUUUUUUUC